GAGGCUAUCUUCACUGGGACCAAAUGUGAAAAUCGUCUUUUAUUUAUUUGUAAUAUGUUUGUAAUAUUGUAAUUAAAUAAUCAGAAAAUUAACAAGAUGUCCGUUGUAAUUGAAACAACUUUGGGAGAUAUUACAGUUGAUCUGUACCUGAAUGAUAGACCCAGAGCUUGCUUGAAUUUUCUGAAGUUAUGCAAGUUAAAGUAUUAUAAUUAUAAUUUAUUCCAUACAAUAAGUCGUGGAUUUAUAGCUCAAUCUGGUGAUCCCACCGGGUCUAGAACUGGCGGAUCCUCUUUGUAUGGACUUCUUGAUGGCCCAAAUAAAAGAUAUUUUGAAGCUGAAAAUGAACCAAGAAUUAAACAUACUAAAAUAGGACUUAUUUCUUUUGUUGGAAAUGAAGAGCACAUGAUUGGAUCCCAGUUUUUUUUCACUUUAGGUGAAGACUUAAUAUAUCUUGAUCAGAAACAUUGUGUAUUUGGAGAAGUAGUUGACGGAAUGAGUAUUUUAGAAGAAAUCAAUGAAGUUAUUUGUGAUAAUGAUGAUUGCCCUUAUCAAGAUGUAAGGAUUACUCAUACAGUUAUUUUAAGUGAUCCUUUUCCAGACCCAAAGAGACUUAUAGUACCAUCCAGAUCACCAUCACCUAGUACUGAACUUCUUCAAGGUGGUAGAAUAGCUCCUGAUGAAAAGAUUGAUGAAACAGAAGGCAAGACAGCUCAAGAAAUUGCUGAAGAGCAAGCAGAAAGAGAGGCUAAAUCUAGAGCUACAAUCUUAGAAAUGGUAGGUGAUUUACCAAAUGCAGACAUGGCUCCUCCAGAAAAUGUAUUAUUUGUAUGUAAACUAAAUCCUGUAACUACUGAUGAUGAUCUAGAAAUAAUAUUUAAUAGAUUUGGUAAAAUUGUUUCUUGUGAAGUUAUCAGAGAUAGAAAAACUGGAGAUUCUUUGCAGUAUGCAUUUAUCGAAUUUGCAGAAAGAAAAUCAUGUGAAGAUGCAUAUUUUAAAAUGGAUAAUAUACUUAUUGAUGAUAGAAGGAUACAUGUAGAUUUUAGCCAGAGUGUAUCGAAAAUUAAGUGGCUUGGUAAAGGAAGAGGGGUAGCUCAUUUUGAUGACAACGGAAGGACUACAAAACAAUCUUAUAAUGAUAUAGGAAGAGGAAACUACAAAACCCGAGGACAUAUGGUUAAAAAAUCACCAAAAAGAAAUAAUCAAAAUCAAUCAUUUUCAAACUUAACUCAUAAUCGGGAUAGAAAUACAAGAGAUAAAUCAAGAACACCAUCUAGUUAUACAAAUAAAGAAAAUAGUUCGCAUAAGAAUUCGAACUCUAAUCUACUUUCAAAAAGAGGCGAAGAUAAAAAUGUAGCCAAACAAAGUAGUAGAGAUAAAUGGCGUAGGUCGCGAUCCAGAUCAGUUUCAAGAACGGUAAGUGAAACUAGAAAGCAAAAUAGAGACAGUGAAAGGAAUAAAUAUGAAUAUUAUGGCAGGGAUAGAUCACGAAGGGACCAGGAUGGAAGAAAAGAACACUCUCGAUCUGAAAAAAAUUAUAGCGAUCCGAAAAAGCAUCGAGAUUAUUACAGGUCAGAAAAAAAUUAUUCUUCUACAGAUUCAGAAACGAAUAGAAAAAAAAGGAAUAAAUCUAUGGAUGCCCAUAGGGUAACAGAAAAAAAAUCGAAAAACUUAAGUAAGCAGAAACAUAAAUAUAGAUCGUCGGAAAGUACAUUCAGCAGGCAUUCAAAUGAAAAGAGAUUUAACAAAACAACACAACGAAAGCAUAUCAGAAACGAUCACACUUCAGAUAGUAAUUCUUCAGAUAGCGAACAUAUAAAAAAAACAAAGAACACAAAUGUUAAAAGUCAGAGCACUAAAACUAGUGACAGCGAUGGCUCGUCAAGUACUGAAGAUAAUAGAAAAAAGGAAAAAUAUUCUAAGAAAAAGUAUUACUAAGGGUCAGUGAAGUAGUUUAGAACACCGUUAGAUCAAAUACUAUAAAUAAAUUUAUAAAUAAAAAAAUGUAACAUUUAAUUAAUAUAAGAUUAUUCUUCUUAAAGUGCCCUCUUCUCAAUGGAGAUUGGCUACUACAA